UGCGGCCACUCAGGAAGUUACACCUGCAACGCUGUGGCGAGUUUGGGAAGAAACUUCUUCACUUUUGAAGGCCAAACAUACCAACAAUUAAAGGGAACAGAGAUGGGUACCAGGAUGGCUCCCUCGUAUGCCAACCUAUUUAUGGGUCGCUUAGAGGAAGCCUUCUUGGUUACCCAAGCCUGCCAACCCAAAGUUUGGUACAGAUUUAUUGAUGACAUCUUCAUGAUCUGGACUCAGAGUGAAGAAGAACUUCAGAAUUUUCUCUCCAACCUCAACUCCUCUGGUUCCAUCAGAUUCACCUGGUCCUACUCCAAAUGCCAUGACACUUUCCUUGACGUUGACCUCCAUCUGUCCAAUGGCCAGCUUCACACAUCUGUCCACAUCAAACCCACCAACAAGCAACAGUAUGUCCAUUAUGACAGCUGCCACCCAUUCCAUAUCAAACAGUCCCUUCCCUACAGCCUAGGCCUUCGUGGCAAACGAAUCUGCUCCAGUCCUGAAUCCCUGAACCAUUACACCAACAACCUGAAAACAGCUUUCGCAUCCCGCAACUAUCCUCCCAACAUGGUACAGAAGCAAAUAACCAGAGCCACUUCCUCAUCCCCUCAAACCCAGAACCUCUCACAGAAGAACCCCAAAAGUGCCCCACUUGUGACAGGAUACUUCCCGGGACUGGAUCAGACUCUGAAUGUGGCCCUCCAGCAGGGAUACGACUUCCUAAAAUCCUGCCCCGAAAUGAGAUCCAUCCUUCAUGAAAUCCUCCCCACUCCACCAAGAGUGUCUUUCCGCCGUCCACCUAACCUACGCAACCUAUAGGUUCAUUCUUAUGAAAUCCCCAAACCACCUUCCCUACCCUCUGGCUCCUACCCUUGUAACCGCCCCCAGUGUAAAACCUGUACUCUCCCACCACCACCUACUCCAGUCCUGUAACCCGGAAGGUGUACACGAUCAAAGGCAGAGCCACGUGUGAAAGCACCCACGUUAUUUACCAACUGACCUGCCUACACUGUGACGCUUUCUAUGUGGGAAUGGCCACCAACAACCUGUCCAUUCGCAUGAAUGGACACAGGCAGACAGUGUUUGUUGGUAAUGAGGAUCACCCUGUGGCUAAACAUGCCUUGGUGCACGGCCAGCACAUCUUGGCACAAUGUUACACCGUCCGGGUUAUCUGGGUACUUCCCGCUAACACCAACCUAUUCGAACUCCGGAGAUGGGAACUUGCCCUUCAAUAUAUCCUCUCUUCCCGUUAUCCACCAGGCCUCAAUCUCUGCUAAUUUCAAGUUGCUGCCACUCAUACCUCACCUGUCAUUCAACAUCAUCUUUGCCUCUGCACUUUUACCUCGACUGACUUCUCUGCCCAAACUCUUUGCCUUUAAAUAUGUCUGCUUGUAUCUGUGUAUGUGUCAGCCAGGUAGUGGGGUGGUGCACCAUCUUGCACGAAGUAAACAUUUCAUUCCCGGUCAUCUUCAUUGAUCUAUGGUACCAAAAAUUGUUGUAACGUAUCCAGGUACACUAUCCUGUUGAUGGUUCUCUCACGGAAGUAAAAGGGGCCGUACUAUUUGUUCAGUUUAAGGCUAUCACAAACAUGUUGCAAUGUUUGAUGUGGAUUUUCAUUGCCCAAAGUCCUACAGUUAUGUGCAUUAACCUUGCCACUUAAGUGAAAAGUCGACUCGUCAGAAAAGAUGUCCGAGAAAUGUUCAUCCUCUUGUAAUCAAUUUAACGUACCCGCACAGAAGUUCUUGCAAACAAUUUUAUCAGUAUCUUUUAUUGCAUGAACGAUUGUCAAUCUGUACAGUUUCAAUUGCAAACGGUUUCUCGAUUUGCAGUUCGCGAGAUGCACGACGGGUCGAUUUUGUAGGACUGUUGAUAAAACAUUGUUUCACUCUUCACUCGCUCGGCGAUGUCGUCAGAUGUGCUUGGACAACCUGAUGUAUUCCUGUGUCUUACUGAGCACCCUGUUUCUACAAAACAUUUAUGCCACUCAUAAAUUGUAGGCCUACUAGGAUCAUUAGCAUACUUGGUAUUGAAAUUAUGCUGAACUGUUGUUGCUGACUUUGAUUCUUCAAGCCAAACCAAACAGCUAGCACACUCAGGUGCAGUGAAGGCAGCCAUCUUUAUCGCAACUGCCUCUAGCACUUUUUACGGUGUGAUUCCGCACUAGCAAACUGUGCGAGACAAACCUUGAUGUAUUUCCCUACAAUCACCUCUGUACUAUGAAUUAAUAUAUAUGAAUUUUCAAAGUUGUAUAGUCUGAAACACCCUGUAUAAGGAGCAGAUGACUCUCCUUGUCUUCUUUGAAUGUGUAUUCCUAACUGUGCACACAAAUUGUGUGUGCAGAUGUCUCCUAUAGGAAAAAUGUUUGCGUCCUGUUCUCUCUCCUACUCAUUUGUUGUAGGUGUUAACAAUUGCAGUUUCUAAGCGCCAAAAGAAUAAUUUUUGACACAAUUUAUACAACCAGUUUGUAAUUCCACAACACAACAAGUACGGAUCAGCUCACUAACAUCUUGUUGGGGUAAGACAGACAUCCUUUGCAUAUUAGACUGAUAUGCACCCAUCUCAUAUUGCUGAAGUUUCUUCUUUUUGAGGUGGAAACCUUUCUUAUAUUUUAUAACUGUCUUUGUUUAGAUUUUCAUUUCAUGUAUUCCCUGAGCAAGUUUAGGGGUUGUGUAGAACCUGUUGUAGAUGUGAAAAACUAUACCAGUGCAGUGGCUUGCAGAUCACACAACCAUUUUCUGAGCCGCAGAGGGCAAACGUUCAGAGGCCCCACACUGUUUACUUUUUCUGGGUUAUAGUACUUGAAUUAAAUCCAGCCUUUGAAACUACCUUUGCUCUCAUGUACAGCCACAUUUCUCCCUAAAGUUAUUUAUAUCUAUUGUCUAUAUAUUUACUAAUGAACUUCCCUUUCCCUUUCUAAAAUGCAAAUUCCUGUGAGUUGCAGCAGGAGAAGCUAAAUGCACCAGACUGUAUGUCUGCAAGAACUGCAGACAAGAGAAAUAUCUUUGAAGAAUAGAAUUUGAUCUAGCCAAUUCAGUAAAAUAGACAUGUAAUUCCACCUUAAAAUUCACCAGCCUGUUCAUUGUAACACUAGAGAAUGCCUUUAUUUCUUCUGCCGAAAGAUCUUUCCCGGAAUACCAGUUCAAUGGUUUUUGUCAGUGGUGCGACCUUCCUUACUUUCGCCGUUAAGUAGGUGUUUUUUGUGGUCACGAUUUUGAUAAGAUCGUCAGUUGAGUAAGUAAAUUCGAGGGUAGGUGAAAGGCGUGGCUCCACCAUCCCACAUAGGAUCCUCCCUAGAGAACACUCUCCAAUAUUGCAGAUUGUGAGAAAUUUUUAAAACUUACAAUAGGCGAACAGCUGAACACCGUCCUGGGCACGACGUUAAACUGCCCCCCAACCCAAGGUGUGGUGCGACCCGUGCCGAGGGGUGCGUGGCACAGGGGAGCUGUGCCUCGAACGGGGCCUCUGGGAUACCGGGCGCCCUCCCAGAGUAUCCAGCCUAGCCCGGGCACGCGGGGCUCUGCCCGGGUGGUCCACACUUUCCUCAGCGUCUCGUGGGAUCAUAAAGAAAAAAUCUGAAAUUAGCUCCAAACGAGCAGAUGCCAGGAAUUCCAGGGGACCUCACUGUGAGGCGACCCGGGAUUCAGAACAGACUAAGUGUGAACUUGGCACGAGGGGACCUCGAGAUCAGGUGACCUCGGGCCUCGUAGGUGAUAAAGACACAGUUGCAGAGGGAGAUUCUUCUAAACUCGCAACAGGGAGGACCUCAGCUGCCGUACUUGACACUGGGGAAACCGACCCGUCCAAAAACAGCUCAGAAGGAGCAGUUUCAGGAAGGGGCCACAUUGCUGCAGAGGCGGAGAUAUCGAACCUUGGAAAUAAGUGUGCACCAGACAUCCCCGUCACAAAGAGUGCAGAUACGGCUUCAGCAGAGAACUCUGAGAAUAUUUCAAAGGAACGACACGUGACGAAGGUUCCUGUGAAAGAAGAAAUGGAAACAUCGAGAGGUGAGAAUUCUGAACGGAUGGAAGAACACAAUGAGGGAGAAGAAUGUGAGGCAGCAAGGGGAAGAGUGAUAUCAAAAACUGAACGAAAGAAGCGGAAACUAGAGGAAGCUAACCAAAAGACUGAAAUUAUUAACGGGGGUGCUAAAAAAUUAAAAACUAGUACUGACGAAGCAGCAGCACCUGUACUGCAAAAACACAGAUUGAAAGAAGUAGAUUCUAGUGCUUCUGUAACUAAAGAGGCCAGCAAAACCGGAAGUGUCGGUACUGAUCGAGAAGUGGAAGUGAAGGAGGAAAUGUUUGUCUCAAUGAAGCUGGCUGUUGUACUCGAAGGUUUUCCAGAUGUCAAGAUGACGGAGGAGCAGGCGGAAGUGGUAGAGACUGUGCUUGUGAAGAGCAUUAACUUGUCUGACCAGGGGGAACCUAUCCAGUUUUCUGCAACAAACUAUGAGAAUGGAGGCUUGGUGUUCACUUGUGUGAACAGGGCGACACAAGCAUGGCUUCAAAGUACUGCUCAAAGGAUUGUUCCGUGGCCGGGAGCCAGACUACUGGUUGCUCAGGCGGAGACCACAUUGAAAGGUUCCAGGUUGAUUUUGUGGGUGGACGAGGGAAUGGGGCUGAAUAAGAAAACUUACAAGCAGAUUGUGGAAUUGUUUGAGAAGCAAAAUAAAAAUAUCUCUACUGCCAAGUGGAAAAUCCUCAAGAGAGAGGCAGAGGUAGACAAAAGGAAAAGGGUGACUCUUUGGGUCGAUGACAAAUCUUUUGAGCAUUUGAAGGCAAGGAAUUUCAAAUUAUUCCUUGGCUUAUCACAAGCUAAAUUCAUCCUGAUGUCGGAAUGGAGGAAGCUGAAUACGCAACUGCGCCGUGAACUCAAAUUUGCCGAUAGUGACUCUCGCACUUCAGACCGUCGGGUGUCGCGCACUUCAGACCGCCGCGUGUCUCGCACCUCAGACCGCCGCGUGUCCCGCACCUCAGACCGCCGCGUGUCCCGCACUUCAGACCGCCGCGUGUCCCGCACUUCAGACCGCCGCGUGUCCCGCACUUCAGACCGCCGGAUGUCCCACACUUCAGACCGUCGGGUGUCUUCGGACCGUCAGGAGCCUCGCGCUUCGGACCGUCAGGAGCCUCGCGCUUCGGACCGUCAGGAGCCUCGCGCUUCAGACCAUCGUGACUCUCGUGCUUCACACCGUCAAGAGCCUCGUGCUUUAGAUUACCUCAAAUCUAGUGCUUCGGGCCAUCACAAACCUCGUGCUUCGGGCCAUCACGAACCUCGUGCUUCGGGCCAUCACGAACCUCGUGCUUCGGACCAUCGUGAGCCUCGUGCUUCGGACCAUCGUGAGCCUCGUGCUUCGGACCAUCGUGAGCCUCGUGCUUCGGACCAUCGUGAGCCUCGUGUUUCGGACCAUCGUGAGCCUCGUGCUACGGACCAUCGUGAGCAUCAUGUUUUGGACCGCCACGAGCGUCGCGCUUCUGACGGCCACGAGCGUCAUGCUUCUGACGACCACGAGCGCCGCGGUUCGGACCGGCACGAGCCUCGCGGUUCGGACCGGCACGAGCCUCGCGGUUCGGGCCGCCACGAGCCUCGCGCCUCGGACCGUCCAGAGCCUCGCACUUCUGUCCGUCGGGAGCCUCGCAUUUCAGCCCUCCUGGAGCACCGAGUGUCAGGCUGCCUGGAGCCCCGCACCUCUGGCCGCCUGGAGCCCCGUACCACCGACCUACAAGAAUAUCGUGCUUCUGACCUGUGGUCUCAUGCUUCGGACUCUCGGUGGUCUCAUGCCUCAGACUUCCUGUGGGCUCCCCCUUCCGACCAUCUGGAGCCCCGCACGUUGGGUCGUCUGGGGUCCCGCGCCUUGGCUCAUCUGGAGCCCCGCCCUAAGGACCAUCUGGAGCCCCCCUCUAUGGACCUAAUGCCCUGCUUUUCAGAGCGUUUGGGUCCCCUUGCUGCCCAACGUUUGCAGAUCCGUGCUUCAGACCAGCUUGAGCCCCGCCACGUGGACCAUCUGCUGUCCAGCAGUUCAGACCGUCUCGGCUCCCAUAAUUUACGUUUGGAAUCCUGCAUUGCAGACCACACUGAGCCUCGUGCUGCGGAUCGUAUGGCGCCCCGUUCGCUCAUCCGUCGGGGCUCGCCUUCUUUGGACAGUGUCAUACCGGGUGCCUCGUUCCUCAGGAGGUCUCCUGCUUCAGACCGUGUGGCACCCCGUACCUUGUUCCAUCGGGGGUCUCCUGCUGUGGGCCAUGUGAAGUCCCCCACUUCAGACAAUCGAAGACCCACUACUUCAGACCGUCAAAAGGCCCACUCUUUGGACCGUCAAAUGGUGUGCUCUUCUGACCGUCAGAUGGCACGCUCUAUGGGCCGACUGGUGGCCAGGUCUUCGGACCGCCAGGUGGCCAGGUCUUCAGACUGCCGGGUGGCCAGGUCUUUGGAGCGACAGGUGGACCGAUCUAUGGCGGACCGCCGGCUGGCCCGCACUUCGGCCGACCGACGGCCUGCCAAGACUUCGGCGGUCCGCCAACUAGCCCGCACUUCGGCGGACCGCCGGCUGGCCCCAACUUCGGCGGACCGUCAGCUAGCUCGCACUUCGGUAGACUGCCGGCUGGCUCGCACUUCGGCGGACCGCCGGCUGGCUCGCACUUCGGCGGACCGCCGGCUGGCUCGCACUUCGGCGGACCGCCGGCUGGCCCGCUAUUCGGCGGACCGCCGGCUGGCCCGCUAUUCGGCGGACCGCCGCCUGGCCCGCUAUUCGGCGGACCGCCGCCUGGCCCGCUCUUUGGCGGACCGCCGCCUGGCCCGCUCUUCGGCGGACCGCCGCCUGGCCCCCUCUUCGGCGGACCGCCGCCUGGCCCCCUCUUCGGCGGACCGCCGCCUGGCCCGCUCUUCGGCGGACCGCCGCCUGGCCCGCUCUUCGGCGGACCGCCGCCUGGCCCGCUCUUCGGCGGACCGCCGCCUGGCCCGCUCUUCGGCGGACCGCCGCCUGGCCCGCUCUUCGGCGGACCGCCGCCUGGCCCGCUCUUCGGCGGACCGCCGCCUGGCCCGCUCUUCGGCGGACCGCCGCCUGGCCCGCUCUUCGGCGGACCGCCGCCUGGCCCGCUCUUCGGCGGACCGCCGCCUGGCCCGCUCUUCGGCGGACCGCCGCCUGGCCCGAACUUCGGCGGACCGCCGCCUGGCCCGCUCUUCGGCGGACCGCCGCCUGGCCCGCUCUUCGGCGGACCGCCGCCUGGCCCGCUCUUCGGCGGACCGCCGCCUGGCCCGCUCUUCGGCGGACCGCCGCCUGGCCCGCUCUUCGGCGGAACGCCGCCUGGCCCGCUCUUCGGCGGAACGCCGCCUGGCCCGCUCUUCGGCGGACCGUCGUGGGUCCUUCGUCCAUCAGGGGCCUUCCACUUUGGACCAUCGGGAGCCUUCUGCUUCUUCACGCUGGGAGCCCCGUGCUUCAGAAUGUGCGCAACCUCGUGAUACAGACCGUUUUGAUCCCCGUGCUUCAGAACGCCUGGUGCUCCGUAAUUCCGACCGUUUUGAUCCCCGUGUUUCUGAAUGCCCACUGUCGCGCACUUCGGACCGUUUUGAUCCUCGCGCCUCAGAACGCCUUCUGGCCCGCACUUCAGACCGUCUCAAGCAGCACACUUCUGAUCGUCCUGAGCUCCGCACUCCUGCCCAUCAGGAGCUCCGCACGUCUGACCGUCGGGAUCCCCGCGGUUCUGACAGUCGGGAGCCCCGCGGUUCUGACAGUCGGGAGCCCCGCGGUUCUGACAGUCGGGAGCCCCGUGAUUCUGACAGUCGGGAGCCCCGCGGUUCUGACCAUCGGGAAGGCCGUGUUUCUGACCGUCGAGAGCCCGGCACUUCUGACCGUCGGUUGCCUCGAGAGAGUGAUUACAGUGUCCCAGAUCAAUCUCGGCUUCGUAAGAGAAUGUCUGUACUUUCGGAUCCCCUUUCACCUAAAAGGACGAGGUAUACAGCUUCGUAUUUGAUGCCAUCUUUUGAUUCCAGGCAGAUGACUCCAAGCCGUGAUAAGUCUGAGAACUCGAGGUUCAAAGAUUCAGAUCAACUAUUAUCUCGUGACUCAAGAUUCAGAGGCUCGGGUGAGUCGCCUAUCCAGGAAUCCAGGUUUAGAGGUUCAGAUCUCUGGAUGAGAAGACAGAUUUGAGAAUGCUGAUUCUCCGUACCCUCGUCAGUCUAGUUUAAGAUCAUCCUGACCGUAAUGUUACAGAGAAUUUGACAAUAUACUUUCUCGCAUGUCCGUUUUCCGGAAGGACUAACAUUCAGGUUCAAAUCUCCACCGCAGCUUCAGACGAGUUGGCCAAAUUUUUAUUUCUCGAGGUGUUGAGAUUCUAGCAGUGACAAUAGGUAGAUAUACUUUUGAUUUGCAGUUACAGAUAGCGGAUUUUUAGUGCAGCAUCUAACAUUCCAAAUUGUGGGACGGUGUUGAUUAAUGCUGAAAUAAUUUUAGUGUUCAGUUGGUACGCACUGUGUAAUGCUAGACUUACACUUGUAUUUCCAUGAGCUCCAAUUUUGCCAAUAAUCCAAAAUAUCACACGGGAAUAUACUUUGAAUUCAGUGUGUUUAUUUUGUUUAAAUUCUGUUAGAUGUGAGUGCCUGUUGAUGUGUUACUUGUGAACAGGCCUGUCCACUUGCUAUUAAUAGCAGAAGUUUUUAAGCAUGUUAAUAACAUGUUUGUCUCAAGUUUUUCGUGGUACCUUACUGAAAGGGGUAAGUUUAAGGAAGUAUUUUGCAGAUUGUAUACAUCGAGUGACAAGAGUUACAUACUGUCCUUAUAAAGAGUGUCAACAUUUAAUAUUGAGUUCAAUGUUACGAGCAUUGUGUAAAGCUAUUUGUUUAAAUGUCCAGACUGUGGUUGCUGUGAGUGUGUGUAUGCAUUUUCUUUAUUUGAACAUUUUUGUCAUUCAGAAUUUGUAUAUCACAAUUUUUAUGCUGCGUAAAAUUAAAAAAAAAUGGUACUGUUUAUGAAUAAACAACAAAUGAGAAAUACA